AUGUCAAAAGAAAAUGCUGUUGGUAUCGAUUUAGGAACGACAUGCUCUUGUGUCGGUGUAUGGUCAAAAGACCGGGUUGAAAUUAUUGCAAACGACCACUGUAGUCUAACUACACCUUCAUAUGUUGCUUUCACCGAUACAGGGCAUCUGAUUGGGGACGCCGCAAAAAACCAAGUCGCCAUGAAUCCUUAUAAUACUGUUUUUGACGCCAAACGUCUUAUUGGUCGUAGAUUUACUGAUCAUGAAGUACAAUCGGAUAUGAAG